AUGGCUUCCGGCUACGGCUUGACUGGUGGUGUCUCCCGAUGCUUUCCCUUCUGGCAAGAAUACAUGUCCUGCUAUGUGAUCAAUCAGCACGAUCCCCAGGCGAGAAAACAGGGCGUUUGUGCGCCGCGGUUAGAAGAUUACUAUGAGUGUCUACACCACAAGAAAGAGUAUGCACGCGCAAUGGCUAUCCAAAUAGCGCUCCGGAAAGCCCAGGCAGCAAGCCCCCGAGAGAAUGCCCCCAAGGUCGGGCAGAUACAGAGCCUUGGUUUGAUCGGCAAAGAGGACGAGACAAAAUCAAUACUACAAGCCAAUGCAUCAUGA